UGUUUGGUUAACAUUUUUAAGGCCAUUUGUACUACGUCCUGAAAAUUGUAGCGUGCCGUCAAGUUCUUUUUUUCCAUCGACCCUUGGAAAUAAUUAAAAAGAAAAGAUGCCAGCUAAAACGACUUCUGUUAAGAAAAGGUUUGUGUCUGAUGGUAUGUUACGUGCUGAACUCAACGAGUUCUUGACACGAGAACUUGCUGAAGAUGGUUAUUCUGGGGUUGAUGUCCGUGCUGCUCCUUCACGUACAGAAAUUGUUAUUUCUGCAACACGUACCCAAAACGUAUUGGGUGACAAGGGACGCCGUAUUCGCGAGCUUACAUCUCUCAUCCAAAAACGUUUCGACUUCAAAGACAAGGCAGUUGAACUUUUUGCUGAGAAAGUAGCACAACGUGGAUUAUGUGCUGUUGCCCAAGCAGAGUCUUUACGUUACAAGUUGAUUGGAGGUCUAGCUGUCAGGAGGGCGUGUUAUGGUGUGUUGAGGUUCAUCAUGGAAAGUGGGGCUAAAGGGUGUGAAGUUGUUGUAUCAGGUAAAUUAAGAGGUCAGCGUGCCAAAUCAAUGAAAUUCGUCGAUGGACUUAUGAUUCACAGUGGUGACCCAUGCAAUGAUUACGUCAAUGUUGCUACUAGACACGUUUUGUUAAGACAAGGAGUUUUGGGUAUCAAGGUUAAAAUUAUGUUGCCGUGGGACCAAACAGGUAAACUUGGUCCAAAGAAGCCUUUGCCAGACAAUGUCAGCGUUGCGGAACCUAAGGAAGAAAUUCUACCCAUUGCACCAACCAGUGAUAUUAAAUCUAAGCCCGAAAUAGCAGUACCUACUGUUCCAGUUGUACCUGUUGUUGGUUGAAAUGAUUGUAUAAAAUAAACUAAAGUUUUUUUUAAACACAA